AUGCUGACCUGGCUCGGGAAUCCCACAGCUAGCAACCGCUCCAGCGUCGACGAGGCGAGAGGAGCCGAAGAUGACGACACGCUCGUGGUCGAGCCCGAUCAGGGCAACGUGCUCAUGCACAUCAUCUCCCAGCUUCGGCCGGGUGCUGACCUGAGUCGCGUCGUCCUGCCGACGUUUAUUCUCGAGCCUCGUAGCAUGCUCGAGAGGAUCACCAACUUCAUGUGCCACCCCGAAAUGCUCCUCCCGAUACCCGAGAUCGACGACCCAACCCAACGAUUCCUCUCCGUAGUCAAGUUCUAUUUGAGCGGCUGGCAUAUUCGUCCACCAGGAGUCAAGAAGCCCCUGAACCCAAUCCUCGGCGAGAUCUUCACCUGUUACUGGGACCUUCCCGACAGCACGAAGGCCUACUACAUUUCAGAGCAGACGUCGCAUCACCCUCCCAAGUCGAGCUACUUCUACAUGGUUCCUGACCACCACAUCCGGGUUGACGGUACUUUGAAGCCGAGGUCGAAAUUCCUUGGAAAUUCCGCGGCGAGCAUGAUGGAGGGAACUGCUAUUCUGUCAUUGCUGAACAGAGGACAGGACAAGGCCAAGGGUGAAAGAUACAUCUUGACUCAGCCAAACAUGUAUGCCCGCGGCAUCUUAUUUGGAAAGAUGAAGUACGAGCUAGGCGACCAUAGCUUUGUGCGCUGUCCAGAGCUGGACCUGGUUGCGGAUGUCGACUUCAAGACGAAGGGCUGGGUUGGUGGUACCUACAACGCAAUUGGAGGAUUCAUCAAGCGAGAGAGCACCGGUGAGGUUCUUUACGAGCUUUCGGGGCUCUGGAGCGAGGAGAUGUUUGUGAAAGACGUCAAGACUGGUCAUAAGGAAAUGUUCUUCAACGCCAGGAGGUCAAAACCUAGCAGCCCGUCGGUGCGACCCAUCGAGGAGCAAGACGAGCGCGAGUCCCAGAAGCUCUGGCAAGCGACUGCCCAAGCUGUGAAGGCUAGCAACCAUGAGCUCGCUACGGACGAGAAAACCAAGGUUGAAGACAAACAACGCGAGGAGCGAGAGGCCAGAACACGAGACGGUGUUGAGUGGCAUCCCAGACUUUUCAGAACAGUGCACGGCGGCCCUGGCGACGUUGAGGAAGGCGAGGAAGACUUGGAGUGGAUCAUCAACGCCAAGAUCGAUGGAGCAACGCCGGAGAAACAAACCGAGCAAAUUUUGGCCAUCUAUCCCAUCCUUCCUGGCCAGAAGGCAACAGCUGCAAACACGAUUCCGCCACACCGGCCUUCCGCAUCAGAGGCGCCAGCAGCUCCGGCUCAACCCGCCAAAAACGACCUGAUCGACUUUGGAGAUGAUAGCAGCACUCCCACUGCGCCUGCACCAGCUGUCCAGCCUCCUACUGGAGCUCACGCGACCAGGAGCGACUCCAAGGAUAUCCAGGGCAUGCUCAACAAGACAGGACAUCAAGCUGGCGAGGGUCCGUUGAUGGACUUCACCUCCGACAUGAAAAAGGCGGUCCCGCCGUUGAAGAGAGCCGACACCAGCGAGGAUAGCUUCCACGACGCCCUGGAGUAG